UCUCUCUCUCUCUCUUUUUCUCUCUCUCUCUCAUUCAGAAGAGGCGGGGGAACCAUCAGUGUUUCUAUAGACAUAAACCCAUCAGCCACAGAUGUGAAGCCAGGCAUUGCCUCUUUUCGCUUGCUCCCUCCCACUGCCCUUUCCUCCCUCCGCCUCCCAUUUCUUCCUCUCCCUCCGAAUCCCUCCUUCCUUCCCUCUCCCUCUUUCUUUAACAUUCUUCCAUUCAUUCUUCCCAUCCUUUUUUUCUGUUCAAGGCAGGCUCUUUUGCAUUGAUACUGGGGGAAGCGGCGCUCUUCCCAACAAGAGGAGGUGGAGAAGUGUCAUGCUACAAUCACUGCCGUUUUCAUAAUUGUCGUAAAAAAAAUCAUCACUGCUAAUAUUGCUUGGAGGAAAGAUUUUUGUGUGUGUGGUUUGGGUUUUUGUGCUUGGAUUUUUUUUAAAGUAAAGCAAAAGGAAGAGGCUUGGAAGAAGCUCAUGCAGUGAGAUGCUUUGAAUUGUGCCUCUGUUUCCAAGGAUUAAAGGAUGAAUAGGCGCUGCUGCUGCUGCUGCGAUGGAGAAAGAAGGCAAUUCAGGCUCCCAGAAUAAGGCCUUCAUCCCAAGGAGACCCUGAAAUCCUCGCCACGCUGCACCCGUGACGUCCCCCCAGAGAAACCUCUCUUUCCUCCUCAGUGUCAGGCUGCCCGUCUUCUUCGACGGCACUGCAACCCUGCAUGGGCAAUGGGUGGGUUGUGAGCGCUGGUAAUGAGGAGCCGUGGGCCCCGUCAGUCCUGGAGAUGCCGAAGAGACGAGACAUCCUGGCCAUCGUGCUGAUAGUGCUCCCUUGGACGCUGCUCAUCACUGUCUGGCACCAGAGCACCAUUGCGCCGCUGCUGGCCGUGCACAAGGAAGAUGGUGGAGAUGCCCAUCGCGACUUCUCCCAAGGCUCCGACUCCAAGGAGUACUGCCUGUCAGACCGAGACAUUGUAGAGGUGGUUAGGACAGAGUACGUCUACACCCGGCCGCCUCCGUGGUCGGACGCCUUGCCCACCAUCCAUGUCAUCACACCCACCUACAGCAGGCCGGUCCAAAAGGCAGAGUUGACGCGACUGGCCAACACUUUUUUGCACGUCCCCAAUUUGCACUGGAUCCUGGUGGAGGACUCUCAGCGGCGGACCUCGCUGGUCACGCGGCUCCUGAGGGACACGGGGCUGAACUACACCCACCUCAAUGUGGAGACUCCACGUAACUACAAGCUGAGAGGGGACAUGAGGGACCCACGGAUACCCAGGGGGACAAUGCAGAGGAACCUGGCCCUAAGGUGGCUGAGGGAGACUUUUAACAAAAACAACAGCCAGCCGGGAAUUGUGUACUUUGCUGAUGAUGAUAACACCUACAGCUUGGAACUUUUUGAGGAGAUGCGGACCACCAGGAAAGUCUCAGUGUGGCCAGUAGCAUUCGUGGGAGGCUUGCGGUACGAGUCACCCAAAGUGAAUUCUGCUGGGAAGGUGUAUGGCUGGAAGACUGUCUUCGACCCUCACCGGCCUUUUGCCAUCGACAUGGCAGGUUUUGCUGUGAACCUCAGGCUCAUCCUUCAGCGACCUCAGGCUUACUUCAAACUACGAGGGGUGAAGGGCGGCUACCAGGAAAGCAGCCUACUGCGAGAGCUAGUGACCCUGAACGACCUCGAGCCCAAAGCUGCCAAUUGCACUAAGAUUCUUGUCUGGCACACAAGGACAGAGAAACCGGUACUGGUGAAUGAGGGGAAGAAAGGCUUCACAGACCCAAAUGUGGAAAUCUGACAUCGCACCAAAAAAACCAGAGAAAUAUAUUAGCAGCAUAUUCCCUCUCGUUGAGUCCUCAAGCCAGCCAGCCAGUCUCCAGGCGUAGUCUGGAUACUUUUAACAAACUGAGAGCAACCGGGCCCAAUUGCCAAACAACCACCAACGGCUCGGACUCUCCUGCGCUUCCUUGUCGAAUUCUUGAAUGAAGAAGGAUAACGCCACAACUCACCCUCUGGAGAUGAACCACUUAAAAAAGCAGGAAAAAAUAGCACAGAGGCGGUGGAGCCGGAGACACUUUUGGUCGGAGGUGCAGAGACUCGUGGGAUGAAAGGGGCGGAUGAUGCUCGCAUAAGGACAUGUGCCUGGAAAGCCACCUUUGGAAGCUACGGUUCAGAUCAAGGGGUUGCCUUCCAGAGGACAUCCAUUAGAGUCACCAUUUUGACCAGUAAAUGGUUCUUUCCGUCUCAGAAGGCAUGAAUUUCUUACUGGGCACAACCAGACAAAGCAGCUCUUCCAUUCAGAAGGAAAUGCUGCCCUUGGCUGUGGCACUUUUCCCUUCAAAAAUUAUAUUUAAUUAUGUUGUAAAAGAUGGCAAGAUUUAGCCAAGGGGUGGGAGAGGGGGAGGAAAAGAUAAAGCUGCCAAUUGGAAACGACUGCAUAUCUAACCAUAUCUUUUCCAUUGAGGUGGUGUUCCAGUUCAAUUCACCAUGCCCACAUUUGGUUGGCUUGAUAGGAAGGGUCUUCUUCUCUGACUCCACCAUGUGUGGAUCUCGCUUGGAUUAUUCAAAGUUCAUGUAAAGCCACCAUGCUUUCUCAAUUGAGGAACCUUCUAUUGAGACUACCUCCUCAAUCUCCCCCCAGAACCAAAUAGAUCUGUUGUAAGAAAAGGACAUCAGUUGGUUGAAAAUGCUUGUUUAGGUCCCAUCUAAAAGGUUGAUAAAGAAACAAAAAUGGGUAUCAAUGGCUUCAAACUACAAGAAAGGAGAUUCCAUCUGAACAUGAGGAAGAACUUCCAGACUGUGAAAGCUGUUCAGCAGUGGAACUCUCUGCCCCAGAGUGUGGUGGAGGCUCCUUCUUUGGAAGCUUUUAAACAGAGGCUGGAUGGCCAUCUGUCAGGGGUGCUUUGAAUGCAAUAUUCCUGCUUCUGGGCAGGGGGUUGGACUGGAUGGCCCAUGAGGUCUCUUCCAACUCUAUGAUUUUAUGAUUCUAUGUGUCACCCGUCAAAGUCCCACAAAACACACGGUACUGAUUUCAGAAGUGUGUCCUCCACCUUGCGAUGCAGUUGACUGAUGGAACAGCUGAAAAACCAAGAGAUGGGAACCAUAGGAUGCUAGUCAAAGCUGAGGAUCCAGUUGAGGAAUGAUCAAACCAUCCUCAAACCCCUGUAGAAAGCAAUCUGUUGGUGGUGCAAGGAUAUAAUCUGGCCUUGAAAAUGUGGAAGGUUGUGAGUCAGAGUUCCUUUUUUUAGCAAGUCAUUGUCAGAGCCAAUCUACACAGUAGGAAAGGUGAAGUGACAGGAUUUAGGAAUGCUUCAGACUAAGGAAUAAGUUAAUCAUCCUCCUUUUUCAAAAGGAAAGUAGCACAUCAGGUAGAGGGCUAUGUAAUGUUUAUCUUUCUGUUGUCCUCACUGUGUCACACACUGCAGAAGCAUUCAGCAAUACAAAGCCACCUGUUUUCUAAAGUGGUGCAAUAGAUCUAAUGCUACCGUUUGGCUCCUACUAUCAAAUUUCUCAGUAAACCAAAAAACAAUUCCUAAAAAGGGGAUGAGAAUGAAAUUCUUUAGGAAACACCUAUAUUACCUUGUUUCCAUACACUGGGAACUCUAGAGCAGUGUUUCUCAACCUGGGGGUCGGAACCCCUGAGGGGGUCAUGAGGGGGUGUCAGAGGGGUCGCCAAAGACCAUCAGAAAACACAGUAUAUUCUGUUGGGCAUUGGGAUUCUGUGUGAGAAGUUUGACCCAAUUCUACCAUUUGUGGAGUUCAGAAUGCUCUUUGAGUGUAGGUGAACGCUAAAUCCCAGCAACUACAACUCCCAAAAGUCAAGAUCUAUUUUCCCCAAACUCCACCAGUGUUCACAUUUGGGCAUAUUGAGUAUUCGUGCCAAGUUUGGUUCAGAUCUAUCAUUGUUUGAGUCCUUACUUACUUAUGCGAUCCCUUGUAGUCCAAGGAUGAUGGUCCUCCAAGUUUGGUGUCCUGGUGGUGGGUUUGUAGGUGACUGUGGAGCCCUAUUCUUGAUCUGCAUCUUCUUCCGCAGUGAUGGCAUUGGUUUCCAGGUGGAAGGCGGUCUCGGUCGGGGUUGGCUUGACGUGCCUUCCUCUUGGCACGUUUCUCUCUUUUGCCCUCCAUUCGUGCCUCUUCAAAUUCUGCAGCACUGCUGGUCACAGCUGACCUCCAGCUGGGGCGCUCAAGGGCCAGGGCUUCCCAUGUUUGAGUCCAGAGUGCUCUCUGGAUGUAGGUGACUACAACUCCAGAACUCAAGGUCAAUGCCCACCAAACCCUUCCAGUAUUUUUCUGUUGGUCAUGGGAGUUCUGGGUGCCAAGUUUGGUUCAAUUCCAUCGCCGGUGGAGUUCAGAAUGCUCUUUGAUUGCAGGUUAACUAUAAAUCCCAGCAACUAUAACUCCCAACUGACAAAAUCAAUCCCCUCCAUCAGUCCCACCAGUAUUCAAAUUUGGA